AGAAGACAACUUUAGAGCUGGGUAUUACUCUCUUGACUCUUAUUGAGUGUCUUUGAUUUGCACAGUUAUCCAAGAUGGCGUCGCUUGUUGGCCUGCGCGCAUGUUUCUCCGCCCUUCAGCUGACUUCACCAAGUCUCUGGCACAGCUCCUUGAAAUUGUGUGUUGUGCCUGUUAGUCGGCGGACCUUUGCUGCAGAGGUUAAGAAGACAUACAGCCGAGACAAGCCCCAUUUAAACAUUGGUACAAUUGGCCAUGUUGAUCACGGAAAGACAACCCUGACUGCAGCCAUCACGAAAGUGCUCGCUGAAUCUGGUGGUGCCAACUUUAAAUCGUACGCGGACAUUGACAGUGCCCCCGAAGAGAAGGCCCGAGGAAUCACCAUCAACGCCUCUCAUGUGGAGUACAGCACAGCCAACAGACAUUACGCUCACACUGACUGUCCUGGUCAUGCUGACUACAUCAAGAACAUGAUUACAGGCACAGCUCAGAUGGACGGCUGCAUCCUGGUGGUAGCGGGCACUGACGGUCUGAUGCCCCAGACGCGAGAGCACAUCCUGUUGGCCCGGCAGAUUGGCGUCGAGCAUGUGGUGGUUUUCAUCAACAAGGCCGACGCCGUUGAUGACAAGGAGAUGUUGGAGCUGGUGGAGAUCGAGAUCCGCGAGCUGCUCACAGAGUUCGGCUAUGAUGGCGAUAGCUCACCUGUUGUGAUAGGCUCAGCCCUCUGCGCACUGGAGGACAGAGAGCCUGAACUCGGCGUGAAUGCAGUGAUGAGUCUGCUGGACGUGGUGGAUUCUUACAUUCCUAUGCCCAAAAGAGAGCUGGAUAAACCUUUUCUUUUGCCCAUUGAAAGUACUUGUUUAAUUCCAGGCAGAGGCACGGUGGUGACGGGCACUAUGGAGAGGGGCGUCGUCAAGAAAGGAGACGAUUGCGAGUUUCUGGGCUACAAUCGCAGCUUCAGGUCGGUGGUUACAGGUGUUGAGAUGUUCCACAAGUCUCUGGAUCGGGCGGAGGCAGGAGAUAACCUGGGCGCUUUGAUCCGAGGACUGAAGAGAGAGGAUGUCAGGAGAGGGAUGGUGAUGUGCAAACCAGGAUCCAUCCAGCCUCACAAGAAAAUCAAGGCCAAGGUGUAUAUUCUUAGUAAGGAGGAGGGAGGCCGACACAAACCCUUUGUCACCAACUUCGUGCCCGUCAUGUUCUCUCUAACCUGGAACAUGGCCUGCAGAGUCACUAUAGCAGAGGACAAGGAAAUGGUGAUGCCAGGAGAGGACACCUACUUGGUUCUCACGCUCCGCCAUGCAAUGGUUCUGGAAACAGGCCAGAGGUUCACUCUGAGAGACGGAAACAAAACGAUUGGCACCGGCCUGGUCACAGAAAUCCUGAAGUUUACAGAUGCAGAUGAAUACACAUGGGGCUGAAAGGGAAACCCUGCAGAGAGGACAAGGCUGGGGGGAGGAAGAGUGCGGAUGUCUGUGUCUGGUCAAAGCAAAUAAUUGUAGAAAUAUACAAAUUCAAAGCCCAUGCACAAACCUCAAACAAGAAAAGACUCAAAGGAAUUCAUGGCUCUGUUGUGCAGGUCCACCCAUCCAAAAUAUCUAAAAUGUUAAACGCUGUCUUUAUCGUUAAAAGCCAGACUGUCAAUAUUAUGUCAUUCAUUUAAUAAAAUGUAUUAAAUAAAAAUGCCUCUUUUGGUUUUGUGGUAUGUGGAUCCAGGAUACAAACCAAAAAUGAUUAAAUGAAAUGAAAUGUAUUACUUUUUGUACAGAAUCUUUCUGCAUGUGUGUUUAGACUCGCAGUAGGAAAAGCACAGGUGUUAGUGAUACUGCUAACGAUGGCUCCUUUGUAUUCAAGCAUGCUCGUUAAUAGGGACCUCAUAUCAAAGCAGCUAAAUGGAAAAGCCAUCGUUAAUUUAAUUAUUUGCACCUGUGUUUUUCCUACUGUGCAGGUUAAAAUGUAUUUGAUGAAAAAGGCCUGUGAGAUGUGCAUUUACAAGAUUAACAAGCCACAUGAGGGCAGCAAAGAGGCUUCAAGUGCCUGUUUACGGUUCAUUGCAAUAGUUACGAUGUCAAAAUGAUUAUUAAUUAUCAUGUACAGAUUUGGAAAGUUAGUUACUG